AUGAUUUUAGUGAUAAAGAAAUGUGUUCACAGAAAGAGGAAGAGGAGUGCUGUUUGUGAGGAGAAGCAGCUGCCCUGCUGUCCUUUCUGUCAGGACGUCCUGAAGGAUCCAGUCUCUACCAGCUGUGGACACUGGUUCUGCAGACAGUGCAUCUCCUCAUACUGGGACCAGUCUGCUUCAUCAGGAGACUCAUCCUGUCCCCAGUGUAGAGAAAGAUCCAGAACUGGAGCUGGACAGCAGACAGCCAGUCAGAGCAGCUGUGUACAAACAGAUGUUGGUCUGCAGGAGGUUUUAGAUGAACAUAAGAUCAGUGUGAGGAGGAGAUGUGAACGUGUGACUGAAGGAAGUGAUAAAGCAGGAAGUAGAACCCUCCUCAACAGGAUCUACACUGAGCUCUACAUCACAGAGGGACAGAGUGAAGAGGUUCAUACCCAACAUGAGGUGAGGCAGCUGGAGACAGCUUCCAAGAUGGACGCCCUCCAUGACACUCCAAUCAGGUGCCAGGACAUCUUUAAAGCCUUACCUGACCAACAGAGACCCAUCAGAGUGGUUCUGACCAAUGGCGUCGCUGGUGUUGGAAAAACCUUCUCAGUGCAGAAGUUCACUCUGGACUGGGCAGAGGGCUUGGAGAACCAACAUGUCAGUGUGGUGGUUCUGCUUUCAUUCAGGGAGCUGAACCUGAUCAGAGAUGAGCAGUACAGUCUUCUGGAGCUGCUCCAUGUUUUCCAUCCAACAUUACAGAAGGUCACAGCAGAGAAGCUCGCUGUCUCUCAACUUUUGUUCAUCUUUGACGGCCUGGAUGAAAGCAGACUUUCAUUGGAUUUCACCAACAGGAAGCUGGUGUCUGAUGUCACACAGAAGUCAUCAGUCAGCCAGCUGCUGACAAACCUCAUCCAGGGGAAUCUGCUUCCCUCAGCUCUCGUCUGGAUAACUUCCCGACCUUCAGCAGCCAAUCAGAUCCCUCCUACAUGUGUUGACAGGCUAACAGAAGUACGAGGCUUCACUGACACCCAGAAGGAGGAGUACUUCAGGAGGAGAUUCAGUGAUGAAGAGCUGUCCAGCAGAAUCAUCUCCCACAUGAAGACAUCCAGGAGCCUCCACAUCAUGUGUAGUAUCCCAGUCUUCUGCUGGAUCACUGCUACAGUUCUGGAGCACAUGUUGACUACAGAGCAGAGAGGAGAGCUGCCCAAGACCCUGACUGACAUGUACUCACACUUCCUGCUGGUUCAGACAAAGAGGAAGAAGAACAAGUACCGUGAGGGACAUAAGAUGAGUCCACAGGAGCUGAUGGAGGCUGACAGGGAAGUUCUUCUGAAGCUGGGGAGGCUGGCAUUUGAACAUCUGGAGAAAGGCAACAUCAUGUUCUACCGAGAAGACCUGGAGCAGUGUGGUCUGGAUGUCACAGAGGCCUCGGUGUACUCAGGAGUUUGUACAGAGAUCUUCAAAAAAGAGUGUGUGAUCUUCCAGAAACCAGUCUACUGCUUUGUUCAUCUGAGCAUUCAGGAGUUUCUGGCUGCAGUCUACAUGUUCAACUGUUUCACCAAUACAACGACAAAGGUGGUGGUGGACCUUCUGAGGAUAGAUUGGAAUGAGUCACCUCUGAUUGUUUUCCUGAAGAGAGUGAUGGAGAAAUCCCUCCAGAGUAAAAAUGGCCACCUGGACCUGUUUGUUCGCUUCCUUCAUGGCCUCUCUCUGGAGUCCAACCAGAGACUCUUAGGAGGUCUGCUGGGUCAGACAGAGAUCAGUCCAGAAGUCAUCCAGAGAGUCAUCGACAACCUGAAGAAGACGACCAGUGAUAAAAUCUCUCCUGACAGAAGCAUCAACAUCUUCCACUGUCUGAUGGAGAUGAACGACCUCUCAUUAUUUCAGGAGAUCCAAGAGUUCCUGAAGUCAGAGAACAGAUCAGAGAAGGAACUCUCUGAGAUCCACUGCUCAGCUCUGGCCUUCAUUCUGCAGAUGUCAGAGGAGGUUCUGGAUGAGUUUGACCUGCAGAAGUACAACACAUCAGAGCAGGGACGACUGAGACUGAUUCCAGCUGUGAGGAACUGCAGAAAGGUUCAACUGACUCAGUGUGGACUCUCAGAAACUCACUGUGAAGUUGUGGCCUCAGCUCUGAAGUCCAACCCCUCCCAUCUGACAGAGCUGGACAUGAGUGACAAUGAACUGCAGGAUUCAGCAGUGAAGCUUCUGUGUGCUGGACUGGAGAGUCCAAACUGUCAACUGGAGACUCUGAGAUUGAUGAGCUCUGGUUUGUCAGAGAUCAGCUGUGAUUAUCUGGCAGCAGCACUGAAGUCCAACCCCUCCCAUCUGAGAGAGCUGGACCUGAGCUGGAACAACAAGCUGGAGGAUUCAGGAGUGAAGCAGCUGUGUGGUUUUCUGGAGAGUCCAGGAUGUGGACUUGAAACUCUGAGAUUGAGGAGCUGUGGUUUGUCAGAGAUCAGCUGUGAUUAUCUGGUAGCAUCGCUCAAGUCCAACCCCUCCCAUCUGAGAGAGCUGGACCUGAGCAUGAACAACCUCCAGGAUUCAGGAGUGAAGCAGCUGUGUGGUUUUCUGGAGAGUCCAGGAUGUGGACUUGAAACUCUGGGAUUGAUGAGCUGUGGUUUGUCAGAGAUCAGCUGUGAUUUUCUGGCAGCAGCGCUCAAGUCCAACCCCAACCAUCUGAGAGAGCUGGACCUGAGCGACAACAACAACCUGCACGAUUCAGGAGUGAAGCAUCUGUGUGGUUUUCUGGAGAGUCCAGGAUGUGCACUUGAUACUCUGGGAUUGAGUUUCUGUGGUUUGUCAGAGAUCAGCUGUGAUUCCCUGGCAGCAGCUCUGAAGUCCAACCCCUCCCAUCUGAGAGAGCUGGACCUGGGCGUGAACAAGCUGGAGGAUUCAGGAGUGAAGCAGCUGUGUGGUUUUCUGGAGAGUCCAGAAUGUGGACUUAAAACUCUGAGCUUGUGGAGCUGUGGUUUGUCAGAAGUCAGCUGUGAUUAUCUGGCAGCAGCGCUCAAGUCCAACCCCUCCCAUCUGAGAGAGCUGGAUCUGAGCUACAACAACCUGCAGGAUUCAGGAGUGAAGCAUCUGUGUGGUUUUCUGGAGAGUCCAGGAUGUGGACUUGAAACUCUGAGAUUGAAGGACUGUGGUUUCUCAGAGACGAGUUGUAAUUAUCUGGCUGCAGCGCUGAAGUCCAACCCCUCCCAUCUAAGAGAGCUGGACCUGAGUGACAACGACAAGCUGGAGGAUUCAGGAGUGAAGCAGCUGUGUGGUUUUCUAGAGAGUCCAGGAUGUGGACUUGAAACUCUGAAAUUGGACAGCUGUGGUUUGUCAGAGAUGAGCUGUGAUUAUCUGGCAGCAGCGCUGAAGUCCAACCCCUCCCAUCUGAGAGAGCUGGACCUGAGUGACAACGAGAAGCUGGAGGAUUCAGGAGUGAAGCAGCUGUGUGGUUUUCUGGAGAGUCCAGCAUGUGGACUUAAAACUCUGAGAUUGGACAGCUGUGGUUUGUCAGAGAUCAGCUGUGAUUAUCUGGCAGCAGCGCUUAAGUCCAACCCCUCACAUCUGAAAGAGCUGGACCUGAGUGAUAAUGACAAGCUGCAGGAUUCAGGAGUGAAGCAGCUGUGUGGUUUUCUGGAGUGUCCAGGAUGUGGACUUGAAACUCUGAGAUUGAGGACCUGUGUUUUGUCAGAGAAGAGCUGUGAAUAUCUGGCAGCUGCGCUGAAGUCCAACCCCUCCCAUCUGAGAGAACUGGACCUGAGUGACAACAACAUGCAGGAUUCAGGAAUGAAACAGCUGUGUGGUUUUCUGGAGGGCCCAGCAUGUGGACUUAAAACGCUAAAAUUGUGGAACUGUGGUUUGUCAGAGAUCAGCUGUGAUUAUCUGGCAGCAGCGCUCAAGUCCAACCCCUCCUAUCUAAGAGAGCUGAACCUGAGUGAGAAUGACAAGCUGCACGAUUCAGGAGUGAAGCAUCUGUGUGGUUUUCUGGAGAGUCCAGCAUGUGGACUUGAAACUCUGAGAUUGUGGAGCUGUGGUUUGUCCGAGACGAGCUGUGAUUAUCUGGCAGCAGCACUGAAGUCCAACCCCACACAUCUAAGAGAGCUGGACCUGAGUGAGAACAACCUGCAGGAUUCAGGAGUGAAGCAGCUGUGUGGUUUUCUGGAGAGUCCAGGAUGUGGACUUGAAACUCUGGGAUUGUUGAGCUGUGGUUUGUCAAAGAUCAGCUGUGAUUAUCUGGCAGCAGCUCUGAAGUCCAACCCCUCCCAUCUGAUAAUGAUGGACCUGGCUGGAAAUAACAUGCAGAAUCCAGAUGUGAAGCAGCUGUGUGAUCUUGAGGAGAAUACAGACUACAGACUGGAGACUCUGAGGUGGAUGUGAUGAGGGUAAACAGGACGAUGUGCGUGCUGAGAGAAGAGGAGCUGUGUCCUGUUGAUCCAGAGAGGUUGAAGCAGCAGCAGCUUGUGUGUAGAGACGCUCUGAGUGUGCCAUGUUACUGUGAGGUGGAGUGGAGAGGAGAGCUUCAUCCAGCAGUGACUGACAGAUGCAUGAGAAGAAGUGCAGAUGACUGUCAGUGCUGCAGAGUGAACUGCUCUGAGAACAGCUCCACUGUCAGACACAAUGUAGAGUCCAGCAUCAUCCCUGUGUGUCCCUCUGGAUCUAAUAGAGGAUCAUCAGUGUAUGUGGACUGCUCUGCUGCUGCUCUGUCCUUCUACAGUCUCUGCACAGUCUCUGUCUGACACUGGCUUCAGACCCUCCUGGAUCAAACUCACCUGGAAAGGCUUUCAGACAUCUUUGAAUAAUAAACAUCAUGUUUUUAUAAGAUAAAUAUCAUGUUUUCAUGUAUGUGUACAUGUAUGUCGACACUAAUGAUCAAUACA